GCCCUUGGGCUGAACGACACAAUCACAGAGCUGGAGAUCCAAGUCGCCCAAUUCCACCAAGAACGGUGUUGGGUUCUGUGGAAGGCGCUCGGGGAUGCGCUGAAGUCCAACAGUACCAUCACCCACGUCAAUCUUGCAUACAACGGGAUCGGAGACGCGGGGGCCGAGGCACUCGCAGAUGGGCUGAAAUCCAACCGAACCGUCACCCACGAAAAUCUUGCAUACAACGAGAUCGGAGCCUGGGGUGCCGAGGCACUCGCUGAUGCCAUGAAGUCCAACAAUACCGUGACCUACGUCGACCUCGAGGGCAACAGGAUUGGAGACAAGGGUGCCAAGGCACUCGCAGAUGGGCUGAAAUCCAACCGAACCGUCACCCACGUCAAUCUUGCAUACAACGAUAUCGGAGCCUGGGGUGCCAAGGCACUCGCAGAUGGGCUGAAGUCCAACAAUACCAUGACCGCCAUCAACCUCCGAGACAACGACCUCAGACCCGCGGGCGCCGAGGCACUCGCAGACGCCCUGAAAUCCAACCGAACCAUCACCCACGUCAACCUCGCACUCAACUUCAUCGGACACGCGGGUGCCAAGGCACUGGCAGAUGCCGUCAAGUCCAACCACACCGUCACCAUCAAACUCAGCGAAGGCCCGAUCGGAGCCAAGGGCGCCAAGGACAUGGAAGAAGAAUGGGCGACGCACUCUGCAGAUGCAACGAAGUCCCAGCUGAAGUCCCAGGCUUGGACGGGGAAAGUGCGCAUCAAGGGCCUGGCGUCGCAGCUGACGGAGAACAGCGGCACCACCCGUCUAAACCUUCGACACGCGGACGUCCCGGCCGAGGACUACCAGGCACUGGCAGACGCCCUGAAGUCCAACUGUGGUGUCACGCACAUCGACCUCGCUUUCAGCAAGAUCGGAGCCGCGGGGGCCAAGGCACUCGCAGAUAUGCUGAAGUCCAACAAUACCGUCACCGCCAUCAACCUCCAUGACAACGAGAUCGGAGACGCGGGGGCCAAGGCACUGGCAGACGCCCUGAAGUCCAACCGUACUGUCACCGCCAUCCACCUCGAUUACAACAAGAUCGGAGCCGCGGGGGCCGAGGCACUCGCAGAUGCGCUGACGUCCAACAGUACCGUCGCCCUCAUCAGCCUCUAUGACAACAACAUCGGAGACGAGGGUGCCAAGGCCAGGCGGUGCCCACGGAUGUUUGCAGCUUGCAAUGUGGACCCCGCUUUUUCCUCCCUGACAGGCGCUUGCAGAUGCCGUGAAGUCCGAGCGUGUUUACUUAGGAUAGAGUUGCUGCGGAGCACAGGGAGUAAUAUAAAAGAACAGGCUCGUUGGUUUCCUUUCUCCGUUCAACGAUGCACCGAUAGUGGCCGCCAGGGCAUGAAUCUACUAUCUCAGUAUAAAUCUAUAAGGGUUAUUAUAAUGAAGUGCCAGAAGCUCUAG